UUUUUGCUUCAACGAAGUAACGAACGCACGCUUCUAAAGCUUGUCCCGUCACCUGUGCACGCACUGCCUUCCUUUCCUCCCCCUAUAUACACACAGUGACCUCUCUUGAGUUGUUCCACGGCCGCACCACCAUUUCAGCGUGACUCACCGCUCCUCCUCGCUCUCCAUUGCUGCUGGAGCGAGCAGCUUCUUGGCCUAGUGUUGCCACAAUGAUCAAGCUGAGGUGCUCCAAGAAGCUGUUCAGGAGGAGCUCCUCCAACUCCAAGGGCAGCACCGCCGGCAGCAGCAGCAGCAGCGACGGCGGGGAUGCCGGCAGCGGUGGCCGUGGGGAGAUCGAGUGGGAGGUGAGGCCCGGAGGGAUGCUGGUGCAGAAGAGGGAGGGGAGGCCGGACGUGGAGGUGAUCACCGUCAGGGUGGCCACCGGCUUCUCCUGGCAUGACGUCUCCAUCGGGGCUACCUGCACUUUUGAGGAGCUGAAGGCGGUGCUGUCCAUGGUGACGGGGCUUGAGCCACGGGAGCAGAGGCUGCUGUUCAGGGGCAAGGAGAGGGAGGACGGCGACCACCUCCACAUGGUCGGGGUGAGGGACAGGGACAAGGUGCUCCUGCUCGAGGACCCUGCCCUCAAGGACAUGAAGCUCCGGGCCACGCUCGUGGCCCAGACCGCGCAGAGCCCAUACCGGCCUUUCAUCAAGGUGUAGGUUGGCCCGGCACGGCCUGUGGCGUCUGCCUCGCUAAGUGCUUCCUUAGUGCUUAUAGAGCUAAUCAAUCGCGCCAUCAGCUGGUCAGGCUUCUCUUAAUAACUGAUACUAAUAAGCUGAUUAGUUGCUGGUGGCUUAAUCAAGUAGGACUGUAGGAGUAUGUAUGGUGUGAUGUGAUUUAUUACCGCCCCUAAUCGCUGACCCACUGCCAUGAACAAGUGCUAUGUACCACUCUACUCUCCAUGUGCUAUGUACGCUCGUCAUAUUAAAUUUAUCCAAGGAUAGAACAAUGGUAAAAUAAUAAGUAGCAAGGAUAUAUGUGGUUUCUAUGAACUAAAGCAAGACUUAAGACUUCGGGG